AGGAUUUAAAGCUGGGUUUGGUAGUGUAGAAGGGCCGUGUCUUCACACGUGGAAGUAGUUCCAUUGUCGGUUAAAUAAUGGUGCUGACGCGGAAAACUACAGGAGAUAGUUCUCAAAGUGAACCCAAGACCAGACAAGCUCCUCGUGGUAAGAGCAGAGAUGGUGGGGAAGAUGAAGACCCCAGCAUCCCCCCAGAUUCAGCGUCUCGUGGAAGGUUGGUAAUUAAGGAUCAGACUGAUAGAGACUCGCCAGCCCCCAGACCUGCCGCUCCUGUCCGACGCUCUCGCAGAUUAUCUGGAGAUCAUGAUCUCUCUCUUGCACAGACUCUUCCAACCACCAGACGUAUCCGACUAACCUCAGGUGAUAAAAGUGCUCAAGCACAGACAGAAACUCUGGCAAAACAAAAUUCAAUACCCUCUACUAAUUCCGGAAAUAAACGGAAGCCUGCUUCUCAGGCUCAAGUUAAACCUACUGGGAUAUUGUUACCCGAGAGUUCAGGUACACCUGUGCAUGAACACCAAACUCCAGUUAAACGUUCAAAAAGGGCUUCAGUUGGCAGCCAAGAUACAGACCUUCCGACCCCAACCAGACGUUCAAGAAGGUUAUCAGGUGAUAUCGGUCAAGACACAGUAACUGACAGCCCAGAUGUUUCCAAAUUACGAGCUCCAGCAGGACGACCCAGACGUCGGAAUGGAGCGGGGACUCCUGAGCUUUCCAAUGAAGCAAGUGAUGUGGUUCAAAUAAACAUACACAAGAAACCAGAAUGUGAAGUCAAAGAAUUAAAGGGCUCUCUGCAUGUGAUUGAAGAAAGUGAUGAGCAGAUGGAUAUUGACAAUAUUUCCCAAGCCCUUAUAUGUGGAGAGGAGACACUGUGUCAAAACCCGGAAGAAAAACCCACAAUAAAAUCCAGGCCAGUUGAAGAACUGGUGGGUAUAGAUGGCAACUCUGACUUGUCAAAAUGUUUUAAGACUAAUGAGAAAGUGAUUCCAGAAUCCAAAACUGUAUCUUCUGAAGGUCUAGUAAAAGAAACAAAUGCAAGAGUCGCUGAAACACUUAACAUGUCAACAUUGGAUGUAACUAGUGAAGAAAGUAUAACAAGAGAAAUAGAAAAUAUAGCAAAUGACAAAGAAAUUGAUGUGGUUGGGCUUGAUGAAGAUAGUUGUAGUCUGCCAGUGACAACUAUUAACGGACAAAACACAGCAGUGGUGGGGGAUGAGACAGUUUCUACAACUGUGGUGACUGAAGAUGAUGAUGUGAGAAGUAGCACAGCUCCAUUAAAACCUAUAAAUUCAGAAGAGAUGCCGAGCAAAGAUCGAGAGGUUUCUAGCACAACAGACAUAACUUCUGCUGUAAAAAAUGAAAAUUGUCAACUUGCAAAGCUUAAGAUUCAUGAUAAGAGAAGACAAAUCAAUAAUAGUAUAACAAUGUCUGAUGAAAACUUCGAGCUUGCAAAGAGGCUUAUUGAUCUGAAAAACAUUCCUCGGGGACUACCAGUGUCUGGAAGGUGGUGGAAGAAGGAAAAGGAAAGGUUUAGAUCCAUUAAUAAGGAUGCAACAGGCAAAAAGUCUUGGUCAAAGAAAAUGAAGAUAAAGCAAGAUCGACAGAAUGUUGUGGCAAAGAGUUUAGCACUGGAAGCAGAGAAACAACGGAAAAAGGAUGAAUUAAAGGAACGACGACGCCUAAACAAAAUACGUACCGAGGAAAAUGCCAGGAAAUCUGAAAUAGUACAAGUGAUUAAAGAUCCAAAGAAGAUCAAGAAGAUGAAGAAGAAGCAGUUGAGAUACAUCCAAACAAGAGACACCACUGAUCUUGUGCAGAAACAGAAGAAUUGAUCUUAACAGUAUAUAUAAAUAUUGUGUCUAUUGUUAAUAAAUACUUGAUAACAUUUAUUUUUGCAAUUCCUGUAACAUUUAAUAUUCUACCCAAGAAAUUGCUACUGUCAUAAUAUAUUAAAGUUUCACUUGCAAGCACA